AUGGGCAACAACCCUUCCAAGCCCGACGAGGAAUCGUCGGGUCACGUUCAAAAUCCCCCUCAUGACCGGAAGGUAGCUCGUCGUACCUCGCUCAAUGCCAUUCCGACAUCCAAGGCCACCGCGGCAGACCCUUCCGCCACCAAAGAAACAGCUGCCGGGCACUCGGCAGCUUACCAAGGCUCAGUCCAGCAACGCCUGCGGUCCCGAAACUCCACCGACUCUCCUAGCAGGAAUGUAAACAGAACAUCAGAAGAUAAGAAAGCUGCCCCAGUGCAGAACAAAGAUACCCCCUCGCCCGACCACUCAAACCCCGUCCAAGUCCCGACUUCGCGCCAUGCCGCGGGGCGCGAUUCUGUGGCACCAACAGGAGCGCCACCCCUCAACUCAUACUAUAGCGCCUCGACCCAUCUACAACGACCUCCGCGUAUGCCACUACCCAUUGGUGAUGCCACAACUACGCCUGGAUCGCCGAUCAGUGGUCCUGAAGAUUCUCUCAUUCAAUCAAUGCCAGCAGACCUGCUUCUGGAUGACCAAAUGCCAGCAGGAUCUCGUCUCAGCAGCAACACACUAGACGGAGAUGAAAUGGGUGAUGAGCUUCAACCAUUUGGUACCGGCAAGGCAAUAUCAACCGUGAUCGAAUGGUCGGGCCCAGGCGACAAAGUUUAUGUCACGGGUACUUUCGUGAAUUGGGAGAAGAAAUUCAAGUUACACCGAAAGGAGGGCGAGUCAGUCAUGUCAACCACAUUGAAUCUGCGACCAGGUACACAUCAUUUGAAGUUCCUUGUUAAUGGUGACAUGCGAGCUUCGGAUAAUCUUCCCACUGCUGUCGAUUUCACCAAUCACCUAGUGAACUACAUCGAAAUCAGUGCGGAUGACGAUGAAAAACCUACAACACCAGCUGGAACUCCGGCACAGGAAGAGCCUUCCAAAGGCCGUGCACCAGAGGAUACCGAAGAUAAUCCCCUGAAAAAGGAAGAAGUGUUCGAGGAAGUUCCACCAGGCGAUUUCGGAAACUUCGUCCCUCAGUUCUUGGCCGACCUGGACAAGGAGGAAGACAGCCCAGCAUAUCUACAGGCCGCUAACGUGAUUGGCGACACCCCUACACCACCCAGCCUCCCGCUUUUCCUAGGUAAACCAAUCCUGAAUAGUACUACGCCCACCAAAGACGACAGCAGUGUUCUCAACUACCCUAAUCAUACUGUUCUUAACCACCUUGCGACAAGUAGCAUCAAGAAUGGCGUACUUGCUACCAGUGUCACCACACGAUACAAGCGAAAGUACGUCACAAGCAUUCUGUACAAACCAACUGGUGAUAUCACGGGCUGA